CCGUAAGCCAUAAGUCGCCGGUCCGCAAAGGGCGUCGCGAAAUGGACAACGAUUUUUUAAACGAUUAUAUAUACAUAUACGACUAUAUGUAUACUCCACACUUCUAACCAUGGUACAAUUAUCUACAUGGUAGUAGCACUAGAAAUUUCACGUCCGAGAUGUCAAAAUAUUAAGUCAAAACACAAGCGAACACACAAACGAACAAAGCAAAGUAACCUAGUUUGACAUCUCCAACACAAAAUCACCUGUUCAAAUUAACGAUCAGCUGUUCAUUUGCUAUCACCUCUAUUAAGACGCCUUGCUUCUAACUAACAACACUGGCACAUACAAAAAGUAACGACAAAUACCGUUUGUUUUUCGUGGAACCAAGAGGCAAUGUGUUGAUACAUGUGUCUUUCUUUUGUUUAGUUUCUUUGAUCCAGUUGAACAAGUGUCACGGUCGUGUAGUGUUCUGUGUUUGUUACAGCGUAGAUACGUAUUUUUAUUAUUAAUCAUUACUUAUUAUUUAUUGGUUUGACAAAACACGGUAGGUUUUAACUCUGCCAGUCUGCAGUCAGAUGCCAACAAACAAAAACCAAAUUCAAAGGCUUUCGCUGUGUUGUUGCUACUAAUGGCAGCGACGAAUGGUGCAUAUGAAAUUGUUCUUGUUCUUGGUUAACGGCUCAUUGCAUCGCUUUCGCUGCAGACUGGCAGAGUGAUUCAAGACUGAACUGAAACUGAAUUAUUUAUUUUUCAAUUUAUAGAUGACGAAGCAAGGCUCAAUGGAUAUGUUUCUUAAGAGGAGAAAUAAGAAUACUAAUGAUGAGCGUCAAAUAAAUUCAAAUCCUUCAAAAUCUGACAAUGAAGACACAAAUGAAAGUGAAGCAGCUUUAUCAUCAAAAAGACUGCGAACAAGCUUUACUCGAAAAUACGAUUCAUCGUAUAUUCGAUUCGGUUUUGUAGCUACGGAUGAUGGUGUUGUGCCAAAACCUCAGUGCGUUAUUUGCGGUGAUAUUUUGUCUAACGAUGCAAUGAAGCCAUCGAAACUCGGCAGACAUUUAAGUACAAAACAUAAAGACAUAAGUUCAAAACCAAAAGAAUUAUUUGAAAGGAAACGUGCUGAUUUAAAAAACUAUCAGAAAUUAAUGUUUGAUGUGUCACACGUGAAUACUUGUGCUUUGCGAGCUUCAUAUAAGGUAGCACUUCGUAUUGCUAAGGCUAAAAAACCGUAUACAAUCGGUGAGACACUCGUGGCAGGAUGUAUUAAGGAUGUGUGUUUGGAAAUGUUGGGUGAGCCGGCGGCAAAGAAAGUGGCCCAAGUGCCACUCUCAGAUCACACUAUACAUGGACGUAUUGAAGAUCUGGCUCAUGAUAUGGAAGAUCAGUUAAUAGAACAGAUUAAAACAUCUAAGUAUUUUGCGUUGCAGUUGGACGAAUCUACGGAUGUUGCCAAUUUGGCAAUUCUUAUGGUGUAUGUGCGAUUUCAAUAUAAAGACGCUUUAAAUUCAAGACUGUUUGCUGCACUGUGCGAUGGUAUGGGGGCUGAACACAAACAGCUCCUAUUGCAUACCGAUGUACGUUGGUUGUCAAGAGGCAAAGUAUUGUCAAGAGUUUUUGAGUUGCGAAGUGAGCUCACCAAGUUUCUCCAGGACAAAAAACCAGAUUGGUCAGGACUAUUUCAAAAUAUAGAUUGGAUAGCCAGGUUAGCUUAUUUGGCAGAUAUCUUCGCCAACUUGAAUGAGCUCAACACCACCAUGCAAGGAAGGAUGGCUUCGUGCUUUACAAUGGCAGACAAAAUCGAUGGGCAGAAACGAAAGCUGGAAGUGUGGAGAAGACGAGUAUCAGCGGAUUGCUUUGAUAUGUUUCAAAAUUUGGCAAUAACCAUCGCCGAUACAGACGAAAAACUUGAUGUUCCAUCCCUUCGAAGGGUCAUUAGUGAACAUUUGACAAAUUUAGUCGACCGUUUUGAGCACUACUUUCCGGCAGAAGAUGAUCCACGAAUAGGUACAGGAUGGAUACGAAAUCCAUUUAUUGCUUCGAAGGCUGAUCGCGUCAAUUUGGAAGAUAAAUUGUUGGAGUUAGCUGCUGACGAAGGAUUGAAGAUGGUUUUCGAAACUAUGACAUCACUUGCGUCAUUUUGGAUUCAUGUCAAAGCAGAAUACCCGGAACUUGCUGAAAUUGCUCUGAAAGCUCUACUCCCAUUUCCUUCAUCUUACCUUUGUGAGACUGGGUUUUCAACCAUGAGUAUUAUUAAGACAAAGUACAGGAACAAAUUAAAUAUUAGUUCUCCAUUGCGUGUCGCACUGUCCACAAUUGAGCCACGACUUGAUAAGCUUGUAAAUAAUAAACAGGCUCACCUCUCGCAUUAGUAAACAUCGACUUUCGUAACUUUACAAGGAAUGACACCUUCCAAUAGCAUUAAUAUAAUUUUAAUAAAACUUGACGUGCUUAUAAUAUGUCUUAUUAUUAUAACUUUACAGUUAUUACAUUUGUGAUGUUUUAUAUUACUGUUUAAUGAGGCUAUAUACAACUUGUAUAAUAAAAACAACUUAAAUUUGUUAAACAUUCAUAAAAAAUCGCUAAUAUCUGCUAUCAUUAAAUGGUAAUAGGUCAUAUAUAGACACCCGGCUAAUAAAGAAAUUCAUUUAAACAAAUUUUAAUACAUAUAUGAGAUGAUCGUAAACGAAAAAUAAUCAUUAAAAAAAGGUACCGGUCCCCGACGUAAUAGAAAAACUGCAGCCGGUCCGUCACACUCAAAAGUUUGACGAGCACUGCUGU